CGUCUUCCUCGUCGGAGUGGUCUCGAUCAUUAUGGGGGAAGCUCGCUGGUCCAUGAGCAUAAACAGCUCUGAACUGUGGAAAGGGGACACGAGCUUCUUUAGUUCUCUGAAGAGCGAAGACGACGAGGAGGCACUGAAAUGGGCUGCUCUCGAGAGGCUUCCGAGCUGGAACAGGAUGAGGAAGGGAAUCCUCAACAUUGGUCAAGAUCCCACGGAGAUCAAUAUCCAGAGUUUAGGGUUUCAAGAGAGGAAGAACUUGUUAGACAGGUUGAUGAGAGUUGCCCAUGAAGACCACGAGGGCUUUCUUAUGAGGCUCAAGGAUCGAAUCGACAAAGUAGGAAUUGAUUUCCCGACAAUAGAGGUGAGGUAUGAACAACUCAGUAUUAGCGCUGAAGCUUAUGCAGGCAGCAGAGGUUUGCCUUCCUUCUUCAGAUCAAUUGUCAAUACCAUCGAGCCGGUUGCAAACUUUCUUCACAUACUCCCAAGAACAAAGAAAACUAUAACAAUCCUCAAUGAUAUUAGUGGAAUCAUCAAGCCUCGCAGGUUGACUCUGCUUCUAGGUCCCCCAGCUUCAGGGAAGACCACAUUGCUGUUAGCGCUUGCUGGAAAGUUAAGCUCCGAUCUUAAGGUUUUUGGGAAGGUAACUUACAAUGGCCAUGAAAUGGAUGAGUUUGUUCCACAGAGAACAGCAGCAUACAUAAGUCAGCAUGAUGUUCAUAUUCCGGAGUUGACAGUGAGAGAAACACUGUCUUUCUCUUCUAGGUUUCAAGGAAUUGGCUCUCGGUAUGAGAUGUUAACUGAGCUAGCAAGAAGAGAGAAGGCAGCAAACAUCAAACCAGAUCCUGACAUAGAUGUCUUUAUGAAGGCAGCUGCAAUGGAAGGGAAGAAAAAUGGAGUUAUUACAGAUUAUAUACUAAAGAUUCUAGGAUUGGAUAUUUGUGCUGAGACCUUGCUAGGAGAUGAAAUGUUAAGGGGCGUCUCAGGAGGGCAGAAGAAGCGUGUCACCACAGGUGAAAUGUUGGUUGGACCAGCACAAGCAUUAUUUAUGGAUGAAAUUUCGAAUGGUUUGGAUAGCUCCACAACCUUCCAGAUGGUUAAUGCAAUACGGCAAGCAAUUCACAUUCUUGGUGGAACAGGAGUUAUCUCCCUACUCCAACCAGCACCAGAGACAUAUGAGCUUUUUGAUGAUAUAAUUCUCUUAUCCGAUGGGCAGAUAGUAUAUCAAGGAUCCACUGCAAACGUGCUUGAAUUCUUUGAGUGGAUUGGUUUCAAAUGCCCCAAAAGGAAAGGUGUUGCCGACUUCUUGCAAGAAGUCACAUCCAAGAAAGACCAAGAGCAAUAUUGGGCAAGACCUAACAAACCUUACAGAUUUGUUACUGUAAGAGAAUUUGCAACUGCCUUUCAUUCAUUUCAUGUUGGAGAAAAGCUUGGAAGAGAUCUUUCUUUUCCAUUUGACAAGAGAAAGAGCCAUCCUGCAGCGUUGACUACUUCAAAGUAUGGUGUGAGAAAGAUAGAACUACUGAAAGCUUGUGCUGACAGAGAAUGGUUGUUAAUGAAAAGGAACUCCUUUGUGUAUGUAUUCAGGGCAUUGCAAAUUGCAGUCAUGGCAUUAAUUGCGAUGACGAUGUUCUUGAGAAGCAACCUGCACCGUAACACUUUAAAUGAUGGAAUGACUUACAUGGGUGCUCUUUACUUUUCACUCAUCAUGUCGAUGUUUAAUGGACUCUCUGAGAUUGGUUUGACUGUAAUCAAGCUGCCUGUUUUUUUUAAACAAAGGGACUACCUCUUCUAUCCUUCUUGGGUCUGUGCUUUACCUGUAUGGAUUUUGAAGAUUCCUGUCUCAUGCUUGGAAGUCGCAAUUUGGGUGCUCCUCAAUUACUUCGUUAUAGGAUUUGAUCCUAGUGCAGCAAGAUUCUUCAAGCAAUAUCUACUGCUUGCUCUAGUCCAUCAGAUGUCUUCUGGAUUAUUUCGCUUCAUCGCCGUAAUUGGCCGAAAUCUUGUCAUUGCGGGCACAAUAGCAUCUUUCUCACUACUUGUGAUUGUAGUUUUAGGUGGAUACAUCUUGGCGCAUGGUGAUGUGAAUAAAUGGUGGAUUUGGGGAUUCUGGAUGUCACCUCUCAUGUACUCACAAAAUGCUAUUUUUGUGAAUGAAUUCCUUGGAAAGAGUUGGAGCCAAAUCAUGCCUGGAACAAAUCAGACGCUUGGCCUCAAUAUUUUGAAAGCUCGCGGAAUGUUUCUAGAAGCAAAAUGGUACUGGAUUGGUGUAGCAGCAACAAUUGGAUAUGUUAUCCUUGUCAACUUCUUUUUCACAAUUGCUCUAACCUUUCUUAAAUUAUCUAGAGGCAGUCAUACUGCUACUACAUCUGAAGUUUCUAUGAGAGAAAAGCAAAUGAAUAUUAAAGGAGAGUUCAAAAAAGGAUUUAUUCAUGGGAGGAAAACUGAUCACCAAACUGCAUCAAAGACACCUCCCACCAAAAAGGAGCAAAAUUUCCUAUAUGAUACAAAUAACUAUAAGAAACCGCCCAUGUACGCAUCUGAUGUUGCACAAGCAAGCGAGAUGAAGGGAAUGGUGCUUCCAUUUGUACCGCUUUCACUCACCUUUGACAAUAUUAGAUACUCAGUUGAUAUGCCCGUGGAAAUGAAAAUACAUGGUAUUGAGGAGGAGAAAUUGGUGCUACUAAAGGGCGUGAGUGGUUCCUUUAGAUCAGGAGUUCUUACAGCAUUAAUGGGUGUUAGUGGAGCAGGGAAGACUACUCUUAUGGAUGUACUGGCUGGUAGAAAACUAGGAGGAUAUAUAGAGGGAAAUAUAAACAUAUCUGGUUAUCCCAAGAAACAAGAAACUUUUGCCCGUGUAUCAGGUUACUGCGAACAAAAUGACAUUCACUCUCCUAAUUUAACCGUUUAUGAAUCCCUUGUUUUUUCAGCAUGGCUUCGCCUGCCUGUUGAUGUUGACUCUGUACAAAAACAAAUGUUCAUUAACGAGGUAAUGGAGCUAGUAGAGUUGACUCCAUUGAUGGGAGCAUUAGUUGGAUUGCCUGGUGUUAGUGGAUUGUCCACUGAGCAACGCAAGCGGUUAACCAUUGCCGUUGAGCUUGUUGGUAAUCCAUCCAUCAUAUUCAUGGAUGAACCUACUUCUGGCCUUGAUGCUAGAGCAGCAGCUAUUGUUAUGAGAACCGUGAGAAAUACAGUGGACACUGGAAGGACAGUUGUUUGCACAAUUCAUCAACCGAGCAUCGAUAUAUUUGAAGCAUUUGACGAACUGUUCCUUAUGAAAAGAGGAGGUGAAGAGAUAUAUGUUGGACCACUAGGCAAAAAUUCCUGCCACCUUAUUUCUUAUUUUGAGGAAAUUCGAGGAGUCAGGAAAAUUAAAGAUGGUUAUAAUCCUGCUACAUGGAUGUUGGAAGAGACCACACCUGAAAAAGAGGAUGAGUUAGGAGUUAAUUUUAGUGAAUUAUACAAGAAUUCAGACAUGUAUCAGGGGAACAGAACACUGAUGAGAGAACUUAGUAAACCGCAUCCAGGAACAGUUGAUCUUUAUUUUCCUACCCAGUAUUCACAAUCUUUUUCAACUCAAUGCAUGGCUUGCCUGUGGAAACAACGCCUGUCAUAUUGGAGAAACCCUUCAUAUACUGCAGUGAGAUUCUUCUUUACGAUUAUGAUAGCCUUCAUGUUUGGAGGAAUCUUCUGGGGUCUUGGCAAAAAAAGGGGAAAACGACAAGAUUUAUUCAAUGCAAUGGGUUCUAUGUAUUCUGCGGUUCUAUUCAUGGGGAUAUCAUAUUCUACAUCAAUAAGACCAUGUGUCGUGUCGAUUGAGCGAACGGUGUUUUAUAGAGAGAAAGCUGCAGGAAUGUACUCGCCAUUUCCAUAUGCCUUUGGACAAGUUGUUGUUGAGCUCCCUUAUGUUUUGGCUCAGUCAGUAGUGUACGGUAUCAUAGUAUAUUCUAUGGUUGGAUUUGAAUGGACUGCCUCUAAGCUCUUAUGCUACAUCUUCUUUAUGUAUUUCACAUUACUAUACUUCACUUUCUACGGCAUGCUGGCGGUUGGUGUGACCCCCAAUUUCCAUGUGGCCGCUGUUGUUUCAUCUGCUUUUUAUGGCAUAUGGAACCUAUUCUCUGGAUUUGUAAUCCCAAGACCAAGAAUGCCUGUAUGGUGGAGUUGGUAUUAUUGGGCUUGCCCUGUCGCCUGGACAUUGUAUGGAAUGCUUACUUCACAAUAUGGAGAUGUUAAUGAACCAUUAGACACAAAUGAAACAGUGGCAGAGUUUUUGAGGAGUUAUUUCGGAUAUCGGCAUGAUUUCCUAGGUUUCGCCGCAUUUAUGGUCGUCGGAUUUGCAUUUCUCUUUGCUGGCUUAUUUGGAACUGCAAUCAAGGUGUUGAAUUUCCAGAAAAGAUAACCCGGCUUGCCGAGUAAAUUUCUGUUGAUCUGAUUGAGUAGCAGACAACCAUUUAUAUGGUUUUAGGGUUCACAAUGUUUUG